AACGAGGAGCUGCGGCCACCUCCUGUGGUCGUCGGUGGUGUUCUACCAGACCCCGGGCUAGAGGUGACCGCCUGCGUGCUGCUCUCCACCAAGGCCGUGUACUUUGUGCUGCACGAUGGCCUCCGCCGCUACUUUCUCGGAGCCGCUGCAGGAUUUCUGGCAUCAGAAAAACGCCGACUACAACAACAGUCCCUUCCACAUCUCUCAGUGCUUUGUUUUAAAACUCAGCGACCUGCAGGUAGUCAAUGUUGGACUCUUCGACCAGUAUUUCCGGCUGACGGGCUCCUCUCCGGCGCAGGUGGUUACAUGCUUGACACGGGACAGCUACCUGACACACUGCUUCCUCCAGCACCUCAUGGCCGUGCUCUCCUUGCUGGAACGCACGCCCUCACCUGAGCCUGUCGACAAAGACUUCUACUCCGAGUUUGGAAACAAGACCACAGGGAAGAUGGAGAACUAUGAGCUGAUCCACUCAAGCCGUGUCAAGUUCACCUACCCCAGUGAGGAGGAGGUCGGGGACCUGACAUUCACUGUGGCCCAGAAGGUGGCUGACCCAGAGAAGGCGCCGUCCCUCAGCAUCCUGCUGUACGUGCAGGCCUUCCAGGGAGUCGGAGGCCUGCACGUGCCCUCAGCAGCUGGAAAGGUAGAGGCAGACGGACCUGAUUCAGAGGCUGCCCUCUCCCCCAAGCACCAGAACCCCCCAGAGCUUCUGAACGAAACAUGCUGGGCUUGCAGAGCUCGUUCUCCACGCCGGCUGCCCCAGUUCUGUCCUGGACAGCGUGCCCGCCAGCCACCACCAGCCAUGGCAGGGCCCUGGGACCACCUCCUGCUCUGCCUCCUGGCCCUCUGCCUGGCAGGCUCCAGCUUCAUCGGGGAGCAGAAGGUACAGUCCAGACGCUGCGACAUGAAGACCAAGUUUGUCACUCACAUACCCUGCACCCCGUGCCCUGCCAUCAAGAAGCGGGUGUGUCCCUCGGGCUGGCUUCGGGAGUUCCCAGAGAAGAUCUCACAGGACUGCCGAUAUGAGGUCCAGCUGGGGGACUCUUUGUUGUCUGUGAGCGGCUGCAGCCUGGAGUGCUCGAAGGACGUGGUGCAGAAGGCCUGCUGCCCUGGCUACUGGGGGUCCCAGUGCUAUGAGUGCCCUGGGGGUGCCGAGACCCCAUGCAACAGCCACGGAACCUGCCUGGAUGGCAUAGACAGGAACGGGACCUGUGUGUGCCAGGAAAACUUCAGCGGCUCAGCCUGCCAGGAGUGUAGAGACCCCAACCGGUUCGGUCCUGCCUGCCAGUCAGUCUGCAGCUGUGUGCAUGGCGUGUGCCGCCAUGGGCCACUCGGGGAUGGAAGCUGCCUGUGCUUUGCUGGAUUCACUGGACCCCACUGUGACCAAGAGCUCCCCGUCUGCCAGGCCCUGAACUGUCCUCAGAACUCCCAGUGCUCUGCAGAGGCCCCUACCUGCAGCUGCCUGCCUGGCCACACCCAGCAGGACGGCGAAUGCCUAGCCCCUGACCCCUGCCAGCCGUCGCCCUGCUCCCCAGUUGCCCAGUGCUCCGUGAGCCCCAGGGGGCAGGCACAGUGUCGCUGCCCUGAGAACUACCAUGGGGACGGAACAGUGUGUCUGCCCCAGGACCCAUGCACCACCAACAACGGCGGCUGCCCCAGCAACUCCACCUUAUGUCUGUACAAGAGGCCAGGACAGGCCACCUGCUCAUGUAAGCCAGGCCUGGUCAGCACCAACCACAAUGCCUCCGCGGGCUGCUUCGCCUACUGCUUCCCCUACUCCUGUGACCGGUCAGCCACCUGCCAGGUGACCCCUGAUGGAAAGACCAGCUGUGUGUGCAAGGAGGGCGAGGUGGGAGAUGGGCGUGCCUGCUACGGCCACCUGCUUCACGAGGUGCAGAAGGCCAGCCAGACGAGCAUGACGUUACUGCGGCUGAGAGUCGCCUUUGCCAUGCUGGACCAGGGCUGCCGGGAGAUCCUCAGCACGUCGGGCCCAUUCACCGUGCUGGCACCGUCCAUAUCCUCCAGGACCAUGAACGCAUCCCUUGCCCAGCAGCUCUGCAGACAGCACAUCAUCGCAGGGCAGCACAUGCUGGAGGAGUCAGGGACCCAGCCUACACGCAGGUGGUGGACGCUGGCUGGACAGGAGAUCACCGUCACUUUCAGCCGCUUCAGGAAAUACACCUACAAGUACAAAGACCAGCCCCAGCAGACAUUCACCAUCCACAAGGCCAACUACCCAGCAGCCAAUGGCAUCUUCCACGUGGUCACUGCCCUGCGGUGGCAGCCCCCACCAGAGCUCCCUGAGGACCCCAAGAGGACCAUCGGCCAGAUCCUUGCCUCCACUGAGGCCUUCACCCGGUUUGAAACCAUCCUGGAGAACUGUGGGCUGCCCUCCUUCCUGGAUGGCCCUGGGCCCUUCACAGUCUUUGCCCCCAGCAAUGAGGCAGUGGAUGGCAUGCGGGACGGCCGCCUGGUCUACCUCUUCACAGCGGGUCUCUCCAAACUGCAGGAGCUGGUGAGGUACCAUGUCUAUAGCCACGGCCAGGUGAGAGGUCCUCUGGGAGGGUGGCUGGCUUACACCUGCCAAUGGGCUGUCAGAGGGUUUGUCUGCAGAUUCCAGUCUUCUGGGGGGCCCCUUCUCCUCUCCCCACCCAUCUGGACUCUACAGGACAGAGGAGAGCCUGGGGACCAAGGUGGUAGCUGCGAGUCACCUGGGCAGGACUGGGUGUGGCCCCAAGGUUGGCUAGUGCCCGGCCUAAGGCCACUCUCUCCUCCACCCCAGCUGACUGUUGAGAAGCUCAUCUCCAAGGGCCGGGUCCUCACCAUGGCAAACCAGGUCCUGGCUGUGAAUAUCUCGGAGGAGGGGCGCAUCCUGCUGGGGCCUGAGGGGGUCCCCCUACGGAGAGUGGAUGUGCUGGCUGCCAACGGCGUCAUCCACAUGCUGGAGGGCAUCCUGCUGCCCCCGACCAUCCUGCCCAUCCUGCCCAAGCUCUGCAACGAAGAGCAGCACAAGGUCGUGGCGGGCUCCUGUGUGGACUGCCAAGCCCUGAACACCAGCAUGUGCCCCCCCAACAGCAUGAAGCUGGACAUCUCCCCUGAGGAGUGUGUCUACAUCCAUGACCCUACUGGGCUGAACGUCCUGAAGAAGGGCUGCGCCCACUACUGCAACCAGACCAUCCUGAAACCUGGCUGCUGCAAAGGGUUUUUUGGGCCUGACUGUGUGCAGUGUCCUGGGGGCUUCUCCAACCCCUGCUAUGGCAAAGGCAACUGCAGUGAUGGGGUCCAGGGCAGCGGGGCCUGCCUCUGCUUCCCAGACUACAAGGGCAUCGCCUGCCACAUCUGCUCCAACCCAAACAAGCAUGGAGACCAGUGCCGGGAAGACUGCGGCUGUGUCCACGGUCUAUGUGACAACCGUCCAGGCAGUGGGGGGGUGUGCCAGCGUGGCACAUGUGCCCCAGGCUUCAGUGGCCGCUUCUGCAACGAGUCCACAGGGAACUGUGGGCCCACAGAACAGGCCCAGCAGUGCCACCUGCAUGCCCGCUGCGUUAACCAGGGGGAUGUUGCCAGGUGUCUCUGUCUCGAUGGCUUUGAGGGUGACGGCUUCUCCUGCACACCCAGCAACCCCUGCUCUCGCCCAGACCGUGGCGGAUGCUCGGAGAAUGCUGAGUGUGUCCCUGGGGCCCCAGGCACCCACCACUGCACGUGCCACAAGGGCUGGAGUGGGGACGGUCGUGUCUGCGUGGCCAUCGAUGAGUGUGAGCUGGAUGUGCGAGGCGGCUGCCACGCUGACGCCCUCUGCAGCUAUGUGGGACCCGGGCAGAGCCAGUGCACCUGCAAGCUGGGAUUCGCGGGAGACGGCUACGUGUGCAGUCCCAUUGACCCCUGCCGGGCAGGCAACGGUGGCUGCCAUGAUCUGGCCACCUGCCGGGCAGUGGGAGGAGGUCAGCGGGUCUGCACAUGCCCCCCUGGCUAUGGGGGUGAUGGCUUCAGCUGCUACGGAGACAUCUUCCAAGAGCUGGAGGCAAAUGCCCACUUCUCCAUCUUCUACCAGUGGAUCAAGGGGGCCGGCAUCACUCUUCCUGCUGACAGCCGAGUCACAGCCCUGGUGCCCUCGGAGUCUGCCAUCCGUAGGCUGAGCCCUGAGGACCAGGCCUUCUGGCUGCAGCCGAGGAUGCUACCGCAAGUGGUCAGGGCCCAUUUUCUCCAGGGCGCCCUGUCUGAGGAGGAGCUGGCCCGGCUGGACGGGCAGAGUGUAGCCACCCUGAGCCCCACCGCACGCUGGGAGAUUCACAACAUCAGUGGGAGGGUCUGGGUGCAGAAUGCCAGCGUGGACGUGGCUGACCUCCUUGCCACCAAUGGCGUCCUACAUGUCCUCAGUCAGGUCUUACUGCCUCCGAGAGGGGAUGUGCUGGGGGGGCAGGGAUUGCUGCAGCAGCUGGACUCAGUGCCUGCCUUCCACCUCUUCCGGGAGCUGCUGCAGCGCCACAGGCUGGUACCCCAGAUUGAGGCUGCCACCGCCUACACCAUCUUCGUGCCAACCAACCACUCUCUGGAGGCCCAGGCCAACAGCAGCGGCCUGGACUUGGACGUAGUGCGACACCAUGUGAUCCUGGGGGAGGCGCUUUCCACAGAGGCCCUGCACAGGGGGGGACACCGCAACUCCCUCCUGGGCCCUGUGCACUGGCUUGUCUUCUACAACCAUAGUGGCCAGCCUGAGGUGAACCACGUGCCGCUGGAAGGCCCUGUGCUGGAGGCCCCUGGCCGCUCACUGUUUGGCCUGUCCGGGGUCCUGACAGUGGGCUCAAGCCGCUGCCUGCACAGCCACGCAGAGGCCCUGCGGGAGAAAUGUGUAAAUUGCACCCGGAAAUUCCGCUGCACUCAAGGCUACCAGCUGGAGGACACCCCCAAGAAGAGCUGUGUCUACCGGUCUGGCGGCUCCUUCUCCCGGGGCUGUUCUUACACGUGUGCCAAGAAGAUCCAGGUGCCUGACUGCUGCCCUGGCUUCUUCGGCACACUGUGUGAGCCGUGCCCGGGGGGUCUGGGUGGUGUGUGCUCGGGCCACGGGCAGUGUCAGGACAGGCUCCUGGGCAGUGGGGAGUGCCGCUGCCACGAGGGCUUCCACGGAACGGCCUGUGAGAUGUGUGAGCUGGGCCGCUACGGGCCCAACUGCACUGGAGUGUGUGACUGUGCCCACGGGCUGUGCCAGGAGGGGCUCCGAGGGGACGGAAGCUGUGUCUGUAACGUGGGUUGGCAGGGCCUCCGCUGUGACCAGAAAAUCACUGGCCCUCAAUGCCCGCAGAAGUGUGACCCCAAUGCCAACUGCGUCCAGGACUCGGCUGCAGCCCCUGCCUGCGUCUGUGCCGCGGGGUACUCGGGCGACGGCAUCUACUGUGCAGUGGUGGACCCUUGUGCCCAUGACCACGGGGGCUGCUCCCCCCACGCCAACUGCACCAAUGUGGCACCUGGUCAGCGGACAUGCACCUGCCUGGAUGGCUACACGGGUGAUGGGGAGCUGUGCCAGGAAGUUAACAGCUGUCUCAUCCACCACGGGGGCUGCCACAUGCACGCCGAAUGUAUCCCCACAGGCCCCCAGCAGGAUUUGGGACAGGUCUCCUGCAGCUGCCGCGAGGGUUACAGUGGGGACGGCAUCCGGACUUGUGUGCUCCUGGACCCCUGCUCCCAGAACAAUGGAGGCUGCAGCCCCUAUGCUGUGUGCAAAAGCACAGGGGAUGGCCAGAGGAUGUGUACCUGCGAUGCAGUCCACACUGUGGGUGAUGGCUUCACCUGCCGUGCCCGAGUCGGCCUGGAGCUCCUUCGGGACAAGCAUGCCUCAUUCUUCAGCCUCCAUCUCCUGGAAUACAAGGAGCUCAAGGGGAAUGGGCCUUUCACAAUCUUUGUGCCGCAUGCAGAUCUAAUGACCAACCUGUCGCAGGAUGAGCUGGCCCGGAUUCGUGCCAAUCGCCAGCUUGUGUUCCGCUAUCACGUGGCUGGUUGCCGGCAGCUGCGAAGCCAGGAGCUGCUAGAGGAGGGCUAUGCCACCACACUCUCCGGGCACCCGCUGCGCUUCAGUGAGAGGGAGGGCAGCAUAUACAUCAAUGACUUCGCACGCAUGGUGAGCAGCGAUCAUGAGGCUGUGAACGGUGUCUUGCAUUUCAUCGACCGUGUCCUGCUGCCACCUGAAGCGCUGCACUGGGAGCCUGAUGCUGCCCCGAUUCCGCGGAGAAACUUCACCGCCGCUGCAGAGAGCUUCGGUUACAAGAUCUUCAGUGGCCUUGUGACGAUGGCUGGCCUGCUGCCCCUGCUUCGAGAUUCAUUCCAUAGGCCCUUCACAAUGCUGUGGCCCACAGACUCCGCCCUGCAAGCUUUGCCUCCCGAUCGCCAGGUCUGGCUAUACCAUAAAGACCACCGUGACAAGCUGGCAGCCAUUCUGCGGGGCCACGUGAUCCGCAACGUCGAGGCCUUGGCAUCUGACCUGCCCAACCUGGGCCCACUGCGCACCAUGCACGGGACCCUCAUCUCCUUCUCCUGCAGCCGUGCCCGGCCGGGUGAGCUCACGGUGGGAGAGGAGGACGCCCGGAUUGUGCAGCGACACCUGCCCUUUGAGGGGGGCCUGGCCUACGGCAUUGACCAGCUGCUGGAGCCACCUGGCCUUGGUGCCCGGUGUGACCGCUUUGAGACUCGGCCUCUGUGGCUGAAGGUUUGCAGCAUUUGUGGGCUGGAACCACCCUGUCCUGAGGGCUCACAGGAGCAGGGCAGCCCUGAAGCCUGCUGGCGUUACUUCUCAAAGUUCUGGACGUCUCCUCCGCUGCACUCCUUGGCACUGCGCAGUGUUUGGGCCCGGCCCAGCCACUGGGGUCAGCCCCAAGGCCUGGGCAGGGGCUGCUACCGCAACUGUGUCACCACCACCUGGAAGCCCAGCUGCUGCCCUGGUCACUAUGGCAGUGAGUGCCGAGCUUGCCCUGGGGGUGCCAGCAGCCCCUGUAAUGGCCAUGGCACGUGCAUGGACGGCAUGAGCGGCAGCGGGUACUGUAGGUGCCGUUCGAGGUUUGCCGGGAUGGCAUGUGAACUCUGUGCCCCGGGUGCCUUUGGACCCCUUUGCCAAGCCUGCAACUGUACCUCCCAUGGCCACUGCGAUGAGGGCUUGGGGGGCUCCGGCUCCUGCUUCUGUGAUGAGGGCUGGACUGGGCCACACUGUGAGGUGCAGCUGGAGCUGCAGCCUGUGUGUGCUCCACCCUGCGCAUCCCAGGCCGUGUGCCGCGCUGGCCACAGCUGUGAGUGCAGCCUGGGCUACGAAGGGGACGGCCGCACGUGCACAGUGGUAGACCUGUGCCAGGAUGGGCGUGGCGGCUGCAGCGAGCAUGCCAACUGCAGCCAGGUAGGCACAGUGGUCACCUGCACCUGCCUGCCCGACUAUGAGGGUGACGGCUGGAGCUGCCGGGCCCGCAACCCCUGUGAGGAUGGCCACCGCGGGGGCUGCAGCGAGCACGCCGACUGCCUGAGCACUGGACCGAACACACGGCGCUGUGCGUGCCACGCCGGCUACGUGGGUGAUGGACUGCAGUGUCUGGAGGAGCCUGAGCCGCCUGUGGACCGCUGCCUGGACCAGCCACCACCCUGUCACGUGGAUGCUGUGUGCACUGACCUGCACUUCCAGGAAAAACGAGCCGGUGUCUUCCACCUCCAGGCCCCCAGUGGCCCCUACAGCCUGAAUUUCUCACAGGCCGAGGCAGCUUGUGGGGCCCAAGGAGCUGUCCUUGCUUCUCUCCCUCAGCUCUCUGCUGCCCAGCAGCUGGGCCUUCACCUCUGCCUUGUGGGCUGGCUGGCCAAUGGCUCGGCUGCCCAUCCCGUCGUUUUCCCGGCAGCAGACUGUGGCGAUGGUCAGGUGGGCGUGGUCAGUCUGGGUGCCCGGGAGAACCUGUCGGAGCGCUGGGACGCCUACUGCUACCGCAUGCAAGACGUGGCCUGCCGAUGCCGCGAUGGCUUCGUGGGCGAUGGGGCCAGCGUGUGCAAUGGGAAGCUGCUUGAUGUACUGGCCACCACUGCCAACUUCUCCACCUUCUAUGGGAUGCUACUGGGCUACGCCAAUGCCACCCCGAGGGGUCUCGACUUCCUGGACUUCCUGGACGACGAGCUCACCUACAAGACACUCUUCGUCCCUGUCAACGAAGGCUUUAUGGACAACCUGACACUGAGCGGCCCAGACCUGGAGCUACACGCCUCCAAUACCACCUUCCUGAGCACCAACGCCAGCCAGGGUACCUUGCUUCCCGCCCACUCGGGCCUCAGCCUCAUCAUCAGUGACAUGGGCCCUGACAACAGUUCUCGGGCCCCUGUGGUCCCAGGAGCAGUUGUGGUUAGCCACGUCAUCGUGUGGGACAUCGUGGCCUUCAACGGCAUCAUCCACACUCUGGCCAGCCCCCUCUUGGCACCCCCGCAGCCUCGGGCAGUGGUGGCCCCGGAGGCCCAACCUGUGGCAGCAGGCGCGGGGGCUGUGGUAGCUGCUGGAGUGCUCCUUGGCCUCGCGGCCGGAGCCCUCUACCUUCGUGCCCGAAGCAGGUCCGCAGGCUUUGGCUUCUCUGCCUUCCAGGCGGAAGAUGAUGCUGCUGAUGACUUCUCCCCAUGGCAGGAAGGGACGAGCCCAACCCUGGUCUCUGUCCCCAACCCGGUCUUUGGUAGCCAUGAUGCCUUUUGUGAGCCCUUUGACUCCUCCCCUCAGGACUCACUCCUGGAGGACGACUUCCCUGACACCCAGAGGAUCCUCGAGGUCAAGUGACGCAGACGCAGCCGGUGCUGAAGCAGAGGCAUGAGCAGGAGGGAGGCGGCUUUUAUUGCCCAGAGUGGGUGGGACAGCAGGGGCUGGGCCUGGUCCAGACAAUAAAGGUACCCUCAGCGGA